AUGCCUUUACAACGAACUAUUCCACAGGACACAAGCGAAACUUCUCGUCAAGUAAACAAUAUCCUACGUAAUUUGAGAGGAGAACAAUUUCGCCACUCGCGUAAUGUGCAGCGUGUCCCAGCGAGCCUACCCACGUCGUUGCAUGUCAAUAACCUCCCAACCCUUCCGAUCAACCUGAUUUAUCCUACUGCAGAAGACGGCAGGCGGAAUGCAGCGGCUGCUCCUUCAGGGCACCAUUCGACAAGACCUGGCCGAGUCGCAGGUCCUGAUCCACCUCGCAGUUGGACAACACUAAGUUCAUAUCCGAAGAUCAAGGAGGUAGACUUGUCGGACAUAAACUCUCCUACUGGGCGUAAACAUGCCCUCGACUUGGUAUUCUCCCCUGACGGCAACGCGUCAGUGCAUCCACCAGGCACUAGUGCAUCUCUUCGUAGCCCUCAGAUGGGCGAGUUCCCUACACUGGUACUACUAUCCCUUCAUGUCAUCCGCAUGGCAUGCAGCGGAUACGAGUUGGCUGAAAUCAGGCCCUAUAUCCCACCUCACCUCCGUCGCGUCUUGAUGCGUCACAGCGCAAUAAACUGUCCUCUCUCUCAGAUUGAGCUGAAUGCAAUAUGCGGAGAAGAAGGGCAUGCAGACGGAGAGCUUGUAGUCGUUGGGCCGCAUGCUACAUUGCGCAGCGACCAUUUCCGGCGCAUACAUUCCUCAAGAGAAUCCGAACGUGCAGCAGAGGAGUCUACGUGGGAGUCCCUUGCAAUACAGGAGAGCGAGCCUAGUGCGCUCUUCUCCCUUACCCUACUGUCCACACCGUUAACCUUCGCCUUGAGCGACCUCCCGCCCACAAUCACUUGCCUCACGCUCAUAAAUAUCCCUAAACCAGUGUCCCUUCAAUGGCUUCCAUUGUACUGCCCUCUGGUCUCGCUGUUGGACCUGUCUUACAAUAAUUGGCUCAUUCCAGCAUCAGGGGAGAAGCUACUACAAGAUUGCCCGUGGAAGAAACUGCGCUAUUUGAAGGUCUUAGGGUUACGAGGAUGUCACGUUUCAUCAACACUUCUGUCGCAAGUCAAUAGAGGUCGAUGGGAUGACGUGGACGUCAUUCAUUGA